AUGGCGAAGGUGUCCGUCUCUGAGGCUGACUAUGUCGUCAUCUGUGGAUUCCUGUCACUGUCUGUGGGGAUAGGGCUUUAUUACGCCGUCAGGGGGAGGAGGAGGAACACCAGGGAGGAGUACCUGAUGGGGGGACGGCGUCUCCACGUCAUCCCGGUGACGCUGUCUCUGUGCGUGACGUACUUAUCAUCGACGUCCUUCGUCGGGAUGCCCGCUGAAACUUUCUCUAGUGGUUUUACGUAUGCUUUUGUAAGUCUAGGUUGUGCUGUGGCGAUGUUCAUCACCGUCUUCACUGUGGUGCCAAUGAUGCAUUCACUGCAGUUGACCAGUGUUUAUGAGUAUUUCCAACUGCGGUUCGGGUCGGUGGUGCUGAGACGAUGUAUCAGUGUGGUGGGGAUGAUGCAGAACGGAGUGCAUGACAUCGGCGGCAUCGGACUGACCUGGGAUCUGGCAGUCCAGGGAGGGAGAGUCCCGCCUGUAGAUUUCAGUGCGGAUCCCCGUGUACGUCACUCGUUCUGGUCUCUCGUGGUGGGAGGUGCCUUCAUGUUCAUGGCGUAUAUCUUCGACCAAUCAGCAAUACAGAGGAUGUGCGCGCUACCUAGCGUCAGACAGGCCAAACUCGUCUAUGCCGCCACUGGCGUCGUGGUGAGUAUCUAUGUGGUGAGCAUAAGUUUCCUUGGAGUCGUGGCCUACAGCUACUACACAGUUCAAGGAUGUGACCCGUUCAAGGCUGGAUACCUCAAGAACAGAAACCAGCUCGUCCCCUAUUUCAUGAUGGAGAUAUUCAAUGGCUUCCCGGGCAUGACGGGUCUAUUUUUAGCAACAAUAUUUAGUGCUGGACUCAGUUCUGUCUCCUCCGUCAUCAACGGCCUCGCCGCCAACACCAUCGAGGAUCUACUACGACCAGUGUUUGACCGGUAUAACACAACUGAGAAAGGGAAAAUCUUCACUGCCAAGAUGUCAGUGGAGAGCUGGGGUACCAAAUUCAAGCUGGUGGGGAUAGGUCUCCAGGCAACCUUGAUCCAUUGA